UCGAUGCUGUGUCUGCUGCCCUUAUACUACUAUAUUCUCAAACCUUUCAGACUCAAUAAAUUUUAAGCUUACAAUCUCACAGUUAACGAAAUGGACAACACAAGUAGUGAACGAAUCCGCCGCCGUCUCAUCUUCUUCCCUCUGCCGCUGCAAGGCCACAUCAGCCCUAUGCUCCACCUCGCAAACAUCCUUCACUCCAAAGGCUUUUCCAUAACCAUUCUCCACCUCAAACUCAACCCCCCAAACCCCGCAAACCACCCUCACUUCACUUUCCGCCUCAUUGUCGACGACGACUUCUCCAAAGAGUCUUUCAACGCCGAUCUAGUUUCAUUUCUUGCGCUUCUCAACGACAAGUGCGUCGAGCCUCUGAAGCAGGCAUUAUUGGCGGAGGGCGAUGCGGUGGCCUGCUUGAUCUCGGAUGCUAUCUUUCAUUUCACGACGGGGGUUUGUGAGAGUCUGCGGCUUCCGAGGAUUGUUUUGAGGACUGGCGGCGUGUGUUCCUUUCUGGCUUUUGCUGCUUUUCCUCUUCUGCUGGAGAAAAGCUAUCUCCCUCUUCGAGAUGACAGGCUGGAGGAGGCAGUUAUAGAGCUUCCUCCACUGAGAAUCAAAGAUUUGCCAGUGAUCAACACGCCUCAUCAAGACAUGCUUUACGAGCUAGUUCAAGAAAUGGUGCAUCAAACCAAAGCCUCCUCAGGCCUAAUCUGGAACUCUUUUCAAGAGCUCGAAGAAACAUCGAUUGCAAAACUGCAUCAAGAUUUCCAAAUCCCAAUCUUCCCAAUAGGUCCAUUUCACAAGCACAAUGUCAAUAGCAAUAGCAAUAGCAAUAGCAAUGCACCUUCUUCACAAAACCAUAGCUCCAUUUCCUGGCUAGACAAACAAGUCCCCAAAUCUGUAAUCUACGUCAGCUUUGGCAGCAUUGCAACGAUAGAAGAACCUGAGUUUCUCGAGGUAGCCUGGGGCCUCGCCAGCAGCAAGCACCCUUUCCUGUGGGUCAUACGGCCCGGCCUAGUACGCGGCGCUGAAUGGCUGGAGAUGUUGCCGGGAGGCUUCCUCGACGGGUUGAACGGGAGAGGGCAUAUAGUGAAAUGGGCCCCUCAGCUGGAAGUGCUAGCCCAUCCGUCAGUAGGAGUGUUCUGGACGCACUGUGGAUGGAACUCGACUCUGGAGAGUAUCUGCGAAGGGAUGCCGAUGAUAUGCACGCCUUGUUUCACCGAUCAGCGGGUGAAUGCAAGGUAUGUGAGCCAUGUUUGGAAGGUUGGGGAGCAAAUAGAGAAGGAGCUAAACAGGGAGAGGAUUGAGAGGGCUGUGAGGAGGUUGAUGGAGGAGAGAGAAGGGGAGGAGGUUAGAGAGAGGGCAUUGUUUUACAAAGAAGUAGCUAAUGUUUGUGUUAGGCCAGGUGGAUCUUCUUAUGAUUCACUGUCUAAAUUAGUCAAAUAUUUAUCUUUCUCUUAGUCUAGCAGGUUUUAAAAUUUUAUGUAUGUUGAAACUGAUGGAGGUAGCUGGAAGUUGUUGCUGGAGAAACAGUCGGAGGUGGUUAGUUAGUUAGUUGGCUAAUGAGAAGUGAUCACUCUGUUCUUUACUCUGUUUUAGUAUAAAUAAGUGCAGCUAUCUUUGUAUAAGACUAUAAUAAGUCUUAUCUUUUCUCUAAACAUUUUAUA